AUGAUUGAGGAAAUUAACUAUAAUGCUGUCCCUGGUACCACCCAUUUGGUGGAUCUUGAAGGUAAAAUGAAUGCACACCAUUCAAGUGGUGAUUCAAAAAUUGUUUUGAUUCCAACACCAUCUGACGAUUAUGAUGAUCCAUUGAACUGGUCACCAAGAAGAAAGUGGCUAGCUGUUUUCUGUAACGUUGUUUAUACUUAUGGUGUUGGUAUCCCAUCUGCAGCUAUUUAUUCAGUGUUGACAAAUAUUGCUAAAGAGACUGAUAUCACAUUAGGUGAGUUGAAUGCUGGUACUGGUUAUAUGUUCUUGUUUUUCGGUUUAGGAUGUGUGAUUUUCCAACCAAUUGCCUUACAAUAUGGUAAAAGACCGGUUUAUCUUUUCAGUUUAUUUGCUACAUGUUUAAUUUGUGUUUGGGCACCUUACUCUAAAUCAAAUGGUGAAUGGAUUGGUGGUAAAAUUCUUCAAGGGUUCUUUGGUUCGCCUAUUGAAUCUUUGUGUGAAAUUACAAUGUCUGACUUAUUCUUUGAGCAUGAAAGAGCUAGAGGUAUGGGUAUUUAUGCAUUAGCUUUAAUCACAUCAAACUUUAUGGCACCAAUGCUUGCUGGUUUUGUUAGUGACGGUAUGGGAUGGAAAUGGGUGAUGUGGUUAUGCUCUAUUUUUUCUGCUGUUUGUUUGGUUUUUCUUUAUUUCUUCAUGGAGGAGACUAAUUUCAAACGUGAUUAUUCACAAAUUGACUCAGGUAUGACUGUCUUGGAAGGUAUAGGAUCUGAUCCUGAAAGUCUAGCUGAAGAUAAUUUAGCUGAUGGUGAGAAACCAGCACAAAGAGAAUACAAGGGUACCAAUACAAAAAAUCAUCAUACUGUUGAAGUUCCUUCUUCUAAUAUUUUAUUUCAACCAAAACCAAGAAAGACUUUCAAGGAUAAGAUUUCCUUGACUGGUGGUUUCAAGGAUAAGUUUUUAUUACCACACUAUUUACUUGGUCCUUUCAAAAUGGCUAGGUUUCCUUCCGUUCUAUGGGCUGGUUUCCUUUAUGGUUCAUCGCUAGUAUUUUUCAACUUAUUAAAUGCCACUGAGUCAACAGUUUUAAGUGGAGCACCAUAUAAUUUCUCAGCUGCUAUGUGUGGUUUAGCUUAUAUUUCACCAAACAUAUGCUGUGUUGUUGUGUUCUUAAUGGCUGGUUAUAUGUCAGAUUACUUGAAAGUUUCUUUGGCAAAAAGAAGAGGAGGAACCUCAUUACCUGAAGAUAGACUAUGGAUUUUGGUUGUUUAUAUGGUCUUAGGAUUCUUAGCGUGUAUUGGCUGGGGUGUCGGUGCACAUUACGAAGUUCACUGGAUUGUAUUGGUCAUUUCAAUGGGGCUAAUGGGUGGAUUGACAGUCUUUGGGUGUACAGCUGCUGUUACUUAUUGUUCUGAUUGUUAUCAUGAAAUGGAUACUGAAGCUAUGGUUGUUGUGAUUUUAAUUAGAAACUUGAUGUCAUUUGCAUGCAGUUAUGGUCUUACAGACUGGGUCUUGAAUAUGGGUUAUAAAAAUUCUUUUAUUUCAGCUGCAUGUUUAACUUUGUUCUGUAAUGCAACAUUUUUGGUCAUAAGAGCAAGUGGUCCUUACUGGAGAAAUAAGACUAAAGCUCAAUAUUGGAAGAUUGUUGAGCAUAAGAGAUCUGUUGAAGCUGGUAUUUAG